AUGUGUACGAGGAACAAGAGCAAAUGCGAGUACAAAGAAACACCUGAUAAACGCACCCGAGCCCUCCGCAAACAAAACCAAGUCAUACCCUCUCUGCUCUCAACCUCAGCCCCUUUAUAUGGAUCAAUCGCUCGCCGGCUAGUCGACACAAGCCAGGUCAACCUCACUCCCAGCGAGCGGUGGUACCUCGAUUUAUUCCGACGGUAUACGUCGCGCGAGUGCGCGGGGUACGUCAAAGAUGAUUUCUGGCAAAAGCUUGUUCACCAGGUCAGCGAGCAAGAACCAGCAGUACAGCAUGCAACUAUUGCCAUGAGCGCCAUGCAUUGGCGAUAUGCGCGAGGUCUAACUGGGUCUGGGGCUAAAGCCGACGAUUGUUCGGUUGCACUCUCAACCUUUCCAUCGAAUCUAAUCCUUGAAAACGAUAUAUCUUUCCCUCUACGGCAAUGUAAUAAAGCCAUUGCAUCCCUACGCCAGAGUUUGCGCACACAUGCUACCAGUAGCGCGCACACAGAAGCAGUGCUUGUAACAUGCGUGGUAUUGGUCUCGCUCGCUCUCUUUCAGGAGGAUACCAAGGCCGCCACGUCGCACGUGCAGUCCGGGUACCAGCUGCUGGUGGAGUGGCAGAAGAACGGAUUUGACAAGAGUCCCUCUGGUCCCAUUCUGAUGCGGACAUUCGCGGAAUUGCAGCUGCAUCAGUGUACUUUUCGAGAUCCGGAGUCGCAUAUGCAAGCAGAGCAGAUGUCACUUUCGCGGUUGAUCACAACUAACCGGCAGGUAUAUGGGUCUGUGGAUGCAUUAGAGCCGGGGAGUGGUUUGCUUGUUAUUCUGGGGUGGAUUGUUGCGGCGUAUUAUCCACGGGGACUUGGUAAGAGUAUUGAUCGGAGAUUCGGGGUCAAUGCGGCUUGUUUGCUCAACAAGAACGAUGGCAUCCAGGAGACUGCUGUAGAGAGAAUUCAAAUGUGGAAGAGCCAUUUGGAGACUUUUGUCAUGCACUAUGCAGAAAUGCUAUCGUCACAAGACCGUCAUUCCUUGAGGUUGAUCGAGAUAUGGACCGAACUUACGUAUAUCCUGGUCGAUGUGACCAACAGACCCGAGCAACGGGAGAUGGCAUAUGACUCCCUUCUCCCGCAUUUCCAUCGGGUCAAUGAACUGGGAAAGAUAUACUAUCAGUCAAGUGAGCGGAUGCCACAAUUUGCUGCCAAAAUCACGGUUAUGCUAGCUAUAUUCUUCGUUGCUCAGAAGUGCCGCGACUGGCAUACGCGCCGAGAGGCAUUGCACUUGAUCCGCAGCCGUCGGCGGCGAGAAGGCAUCUGGACGUCUUCGGGUAGUGUUGCUACUUUGGAACACUUGAUCAAGGAAGAGUCUGCAGGGUUGACACCGGAGGAUGUGAUUCCUAUGGCUGCCCGCGUUGAUACUAUUCAUAUUGAACGAUUUCCCGAGCAGGGCAAGCUUCGUUUGUGGUAUCAUCGAUUUCGGAGUCAUGAAAGCACAGACAGCACUAUUCAUGGCAUCUGGAAGACUGUUUUGCUGUCGAGCUAG